CAAAGUACUUGCAGACUGCCUGAUGAGACACUGCCUCAAUGUAGGUGGGAUAUACCUCGCAGAGUAGUCACAUUUUUUCCCCCUUCCUUUCCUUUCUCCUUCAAGCAGAAUUCUGAAGCUCUCAAGAGAUCGGCUCUAGUCCCUUGGCUCAGCUGACCCUACGAUGUGGACCCUGCUCCUCCAGGUCGGGACUGGAGUUUUGAAGUAAAAUGGAUGAUUUGACCUUACUUGAUUUUCUGGAGUGCCCUGUGUGCUUGGAAAAGCUCGAUGUUACAGCCAAAGUCCUCCCCUGCCAGCAUACCUUCUGCAAACCAUGUCUGCAGAAGGUUUUCAAGGCCCACAAGGAGCUGCGGUGCCCGGAAUGCAGGACCCUGGUGUUCUGCAGCAUCGAGUCGCUGCCGGCCAACCUGCUGCUCGUGCGGCUUCUGGACGGCGUGCGGGAGGGCAGGAGCCCCAGGAGAGGGGGUUCCUUCCGCAGGCCCAGCGUGCUGACCCUGCCGGACGGCAGGAAAGGCAGGGCCAACCCCAGAGGUCUGCAGGCCAGCUCUUUCCGGCUGGUGCCCAACAUCCGAAUCCACACAGAUGGGGUGCCUCGAGCAAAGGCCUUAUGCAACUACAGAGGGCAGAGUCCUGGCGACCUGAGGUUUAAUAAGGGAGAUGUCAUCGUCCUCCGGAGACAGCUUGACGAGAACUGGUACCAGGGGGAAAUCAAUGGCACCAGUGGGAUCUUCCCAGCCAGCUCCGUGGAAGUCAUCAAGCAGCUGCCCCCACCACCCCCUCUCUGCAGGGCCCUCUACAACUUUGACCUGAGAGACAAGGACAAGAAUGAGAACCAAGAUUGCCUGACCUUCCUCAAGGAUGAUAUCAUCACUGUGAUCAGCCGAGUGGACGAGAACUGGGCAGAAGGCAAGUUGGGAGAUAAAGUAGGCAUCUUCCCCAUCUUGUUUGUAGAGCCAAACUUCACCGCAAGACACCUCCUGGAGAAGAACAAAGGUCGUCCGUCACCCCGCACAAAAAAUCUGUCUCUGGCGUCCUCAUCCUCCAGAGGCAACACACCCACCUUCCGUAGGGGCCCAGGGUCCAGGAGAAAGGGUUCCGGGCAGUUCUCCAUCACAACAGCCUUGAACACUCUCAACCGGAUGGUCCAUUCUCCUUCAGGGCGUCACAUGGUAGAGAUCAGCACCCCGGUGCUGAUCAGCUCCAGCAACCCCUCUGUGAUCUCCCAGCACAUGGAGAAAGCGGAUGUCCCUCCCAGCUCUUCAGGGCAGGUCAGCACUUAUCAUCCCAUACCUGCCUCCGCAGGACAUCCCACGGCUAUGGUCAGCCUGCCCAACUCCCAGCAACACCUCUCAGCUAACAUGUCCCUGUGUCUCCCCAGGUUUGUAGCCCUGCACUCCUACUCAGCCCGUGGACCCGAUGAGCUGGACCUGCAGAAGGGAGAAGGCGUCAGGGUCCUGGGGCAGUGCCAGGACGGCCGGCUCAGAGGCAUCUCCCUGGUCACCGGGCGCGUGGGCAUCUUCCCAAGCAACUACGUCAUCCCCAUUUUCAGAAAGACAUCUAGUUUUCCAGAUCCCCGGAACCCUGGUCUCUACACCGCAUGGACGUUAUCCACCGCCUCUAUGUCCUCCCAAGGCAGCCUUUCAGAAGGUGAUCCCCGGCAAAGCCGUCCCUUCAAAUCCGUCUUUGUGCCCACCGCCAUCGUCAAUCCCAUGAGGAGCACAGCCAGCCUGGCAACUGUGGGCCAAGGGUCUCUCCGGAAAGGGCGAGGCAGCAUGAGAAAGAAUGGAUCCCUGCAGAGACCCAUCCAGCCAGAGGUCCCCACCCUUGUGUUGGGCUCCCUCAGACGCAGCCCCACCGUGGUCGUGCGGCCUCAGCAGCUCCAGUUCUACCAGCCACACGCGAUCCCCUCUUCCCCCUCGGCAGGGGCAGCAGAGAUGGGCCCCAAGCCUGCCCCCGUGGGGGAGCCUGCCCUCACAGGCAUCGGCAGGGGCAGCGACACCAGGAUCCACUCGGCAGCCAGCUCCCUCAUCAUGGAAGGCAAAGAGAUUCCCAUCAAGAGUGAGCCUUUUCCAAAACCACCCGCGUCUGCACCACCAUCGAUCCUGGUGAAACCAGAAAACUCAAGAAACGGAACAGAAAAGCAAGUAAAAACUGUGAGAUUUCAAAACUACAGCCCUCCUCCCACCAAACAUUACGGCUCCAAUCUCGCCUCCGGAAAGCCUGAACAGCCAGCGACCCCCAAGGGGUCCCAGCAUGAAGCGUCCUUCUUGGGCCCAGAGAUGACCAUCCUAUUUGCCCAUCGAAGUGGCUGCCAUUCUGGACAGCAGACAGACUUCCGGAGAAAGUCAGCUUUGGGCAAGGCCACGACUGUGGUACCCACUGCCUCAGCUACGCAGACCUUGUUUCCCAGCAAAUGAAUCUACAGAUGGAUUUUCCUAGAUCCCAAAGAGAGCCUGCCUUGGCGACCUUCUCAGGAGUUAGGAGCAACUGGGAUGCUGAAGAGAACAAUCUGCUCGGAUGGAAACUACUCAGGGGAGAGUCCGUGGACCAUGCGAUAUUCCUUGAACAUGAAGAAGGGCACAGGAAUAACAAUAGUCUGGUCCCCAAGACAGGAGAGUAAUAGUGAAAAGAGCAAACCUGCCUUCACCCCUGCGGCCAUCCGCGGUGGGCAGGGUGGGGAAGCAAGUGAGCUGUCUCAGGUCGCUCCUGACUCCCCUCACUCCUUUUGUCAAAGCCUAACUUUAUCUUUCCUAUUUCUUCACCGCUUGGCACCUCAUGGAUGAAAAGACUGGACAUCAAAUGCCUUCCAGCUCUGUGUCUGGCCUGUCUCUCCAGCGUAGCUUUAGAGCAAGGCAGGGAUUCAAUCCAGACAGUCCGCUGCUCCCUCACAAUAUCCUCCAGCCUUCACCUGCCCCGGCUCCCUGCCAAGCAGCCUGCAUGCCUCUGCCACAUCCUCAUUCUUUUCCGUUCAUUUCCAUUCUGUCUUUCCCCCUCAUACCUUCUGACCCAGGGGAGUUCUGUUAGAACAUAGUGAUCAAGGAAAUAAGAACUUGAGACACAAAGGACCUCGGACAAGAAAAAUCCAUGUUAUACAAGAGAUACCACAGUCUGCAAUGCUUACAAAGAGGCUAUUUUAAACAGAAAGAUAUAAAUAUCAGUUAUAACCAUGCAUUCUUUUAAGUUCAUACAGAACAAGCCAUUAGAAGACAUUCUACUGCUGGUUUUUUUUAAAAAAAACUAUAACCUAAAAUACAAUUCUUAAAUUGUCUGUGCUAACCCGAGAGAGACAUUGCACAGAUAAGUGACAUUCACACAUACUCUGAUACUUUUUUAACCAUUUAUUUUCAUCUUUUCAUCUUUUAAGACAUCAAUAAGAAAUUGAUUUUUUAAUUAAUUUUUUUUCUUUCUUUUCUUUUCUUUUUUUUUUGAGACAGAGUCUCACUCUGUCACCUAGGCUAGAUUGCUCACUGCAACCUCAAAUUCCUGGCUGAAUUGAUCCUGCAGUUCAGCCUCCUGAUUAGCUCGGACAACACGUAUGCACCACCACACCUGGCUAAAUUUUUUAAUUUUUUGCAAAGAAAGGGUCUCACUAUGUUGCCCAGGUUGGUUUCAAACUCCUGACUGUAAGCAAUCCUCAUGCCUCAGCCUCCCAAAGUAGUGGGAUUACAGACACAAGCCACCAAGUCUGGUCAGAAUUUCAUUUUUGGAAGCGCAUACUGCUUUGAUUAUGAAAGACAAUGUCAGAAAUGCAGAAUCAUUAGGUUAUUUUAAAGUUCAGAUCCUAAUUUUACACUAAACAGGCUCAGUCUUUCAUCCAAUUUGCUUAUAAGCAGGAGCAAGCAUCAGCCAAACCAUGAGCAGAGUAAGGAUCACACUGCGAGGUCACAGAAAUGUCUUCUUCUGUGCGAAACUGUCCCAAGUAGGGCUUAAACCAGCACUCAUCUUGUAAUGGGGUAAAUAACUUGGAUUUCUUAACUAUACACUUCUCUUGGUUAAGGUGAUAAUAAGUCCCAGAGUCCUUGGCUUUAUGUGCCAAGAAAUCAAGGAGUAUGACUGACCACAUUAGCUAUUUACAGCCUUGUCCUCAAGGCAUUUUUGUCCCCAUGUCCACCUUCAUAAUAGCUUCCCUCUCUCACACUGUGAGCAUUGGGAAACCACCACUCCUGAUUUUUUUGAGGGGGGGGCAGUUUUUGGCUGGGGCUGGGGCUGGGCUUGAACCCGCCACCUCUGGCAUAUGGGGUGGGCGCCCUACUCCUUUGAGCCACAGGCGCCACCCACCACCACUCCUGACUUUUACAUACUCUUGUUUCUCUUACAUCUCUGGAAACCUCCCAUGACUUGCAGUGGAGGGUUUCCUAAGGAUUUAGUUCUUUCUUUAAACCUGCUCAGCCACUAAACAAAAUAUUUUCUAGAAUACAAAAUAAAGAAUCUGACUCGUUCCCAGCCAAUCCCAGAAGCUCAGGAACACCUCUCACUUUCUAAAGUUUUCAUCUCUGGACUCUCAUUUCCAGCACACAGAUUCCAAAUGGUCAUGGAUCGAAAAGUGGUGGGUGUGUUAGGGACCUAGGCAAGGAUGAGUUUGAAUGGUUACAAUGUCAGCCCAGAAAUUUGCCCUGGAAUAGUGAAUAGUUAACUAACCAUGAAGCCUGAGUUUCAUGUCCUGGGAUUGUUAUUUUUUAUUACUACACCUUGGGUCUGGGGAGGGAGUGUUGUUUUGGAGAAAUAAAGAGGAAGGAGAAAGUGGACAAGGAGAAAAAUUCUCUCCUCCAUGGAAAUAUCAGCAGAAGACUCUUGUAUCUCUGCUUAUUUUUUUAUGUGCAGCGCUUUUAAUAGACCAAAGACAAUCUUAAUGAAUUAAUAUGUAUGUGAAUAAUGUUUAUAAAAGGGGUCUAAUGUGUUAGUCAUUAUAGAGUAUUGUAUAAAUAAGCUUUAGAUAUAGAAAGUAUAUGAACAUAAAAAAAAUUGCAUAGGGCAGUAGACAAUUAAGGCCUUCCAAACUUUUCAUAUAUUUGUUCCAAAAAACAGAGAGUUCCAGGGCUGGCAGCUUAUUUCCCUACUAUAUGCCACUGUAAAACCAAGAGAUCCAGGGAGUUGUUCAUUUUCUGGUUUUGUAAUUUAUAAUGAUCUGUACGGAUUGCUGUAAAACAUCUGUUGCACGUGUGUGCUGGUGUUGUUUACCCACACGGAGUCAUCAAAGAUUCACUCCACACAUUGUGCCCUGAAAUACCAAAAGAUUUUUUCUAGCAGGAAGAAAACCAUACAGAAUACAGCUUCACUACUGGCAACUCUCAGAUUUGUACCACUCAGAACGUUUUAUAAAACUAAGCUAAUGGGAUGUUUAACAUCAGAGCUAUUGUCUCUCACGUAAAUAUUUAGUAUUGGACAAUGUUUUUCCUGGGGAGCACAUAUUUUGUCAAGUCCUUUUUUUUGGAGUUGACAUGUUCUUCUAGAAGAAACCAGGAGUCACGGCCCUAAGCCACCUCCCUUCAUGACCACUCUCUUCCAUCUAAGAGCUAUCCACAUGCAACUUCCGUUUUAUGUUCUAUGAUUCUGUAGUAGAGUCAAUGCUUUCAGAGCCUGGAGUUUUACUUGCUUGGGUUAGUAGCUCUCAUGAAGUGCUAAAUUGGCUCUUUACCUCCCAGAUGGAUCAGAAGCAGCAGAGGGGAAAGGGGGGCUCCCUUGCUGGAGAAGUCCGCUGGUACCUUUCACAUCAGCCUCGAGAAGAACUGCACCUGAAACCCAUGCAUGAAAUACCAUCUGUUCUUCAUGCAGAGAGGGGUCAACCAAAUGAAAGUACUGAGAUGACCCAAGUCUCCUUUGCCAAAAAUUUGUAUUGUCCCCAGCUGUAAGCCUGUGAUGCCUGAUAUGUGUUUUAGCAUGAAACAAUAAAAAUAGAUUUAUUUUCACUUAA